AUGAACGGUUUAGAACAACAAUUCGGCAAUUUAAGUGUUAGAGGUGCUGCGCCUGCACCAACCCCUAAUGCAACAGCUUAUGUCCCGCCUCACAUGCGGAACAGCAACCCCCCACCUCCCGCAUUCCAACCUCAAACGAGGCCAAGUCUUGAUGGGCCACGCGCCUCCUUUGGGCCUCGCUCGGAUGGUUUUCCACCUAAGAGUAGUGCAAAUCCGGGGAGGGACAGUGCAACGUCAUGGGGAUCCUCCGGGCCCACUUGGGACCUGCCCGGGCCUCGUCCCUCCAUGCGCAAUGAAGGAAUGUGGAAGGACGGUAAACACAUACCUGGCUCACGUAAUCCCCGACUUGAGAAAGAGCUUUAUGGCGAGCCACAGGAUCCUAUGAAACAACAUACUGGGAUUAAUUUCGAAAAGUAUGAUGAUAUCCCCGUCGAAGCCACGGGUACAGGUGUUCCGGAACCUAUCCUGCAAUUCACCAAUCCACCACUGGACCCUGUCUUGUUGGAAAACAUUGGGUUUGCACGUUACACUACCCCAACUCCUGUACAAAAGUACUCUAUCCCUAUCGUUGCCGCGAAGCGUGACUUGAUGGCUUGCGCCCAGACCGGUUCUGGGAAAACUGGUGGUUUUCUUUUCCCCAUCCUAUCGAAUCUUUUUCGCGUCGGUCCUAUUUCCACUCCCGUCGAAUCCCAUUCUUACGGACGUAACCGCCGAGCCUACCCCACGGCCCUCAUCCUCGCUCCCACUCGCGAAUUAGUGAGCCAGAUUCAUGACGAGGCACGUAAGUUUGCCUACCGGUCUUGGGUGAAGCCUGCCGUUGUGUACGGCGGUGCGGACAUCAAUUUACAGCUUCGCCAACUCGAACGCGGUGCUGACGUUCUCAGCGCUACUCCAGGUCGUCUUGUGGAUUUAAUUGAACGUGGGCGUAUUAGCCUGCAGAACAUCCGUUAUCUCGUUCUCGAUGAGGCUGACAGAAUGCUUGACAUGGGUUUCGAGCCUCAGAUCCGCCGAAUCGUUCAAGGCGAAGACAUGCCGGGUGUUCGUCAGCGCCAAACUCUGAUGUUCAGUGCCACAUUCCCACGCGAGAUUCAGAUGCUCGCCAAGGACUUCUUGAAGGAUUACGUAUUCCUGUCCGUCGGACGUGUAGGAUCCACGUCAGAAAACAUCACGCAGAAAAUCGAAUACGUCGAAGAUCACGACAAGCGCUCUGUUCUUCUUGAUAUCUUGCACGUCUCGGACGCUAGUGGACUCACUCUGAUCUUCGUCGAAACCAAGCGAAGUGCUGACGCACUUUCUGAUUUCCUGAUGAGCCACCACUUCCCUGCCACCUCGAUUCAUGGGGACCGCACGCAACGCGAGCGUGAGAUGGCAUUGAACACGUUCCGUUCGGGUCGCACUCCAAUCAUGGUAGCCACUGCCGUGGCCGCUCGUGGCCUCGACAUCCCUAAUGUCACCCAUGUCAUCAAUUAUGACCUUCCUUCAGACAUUGAUGACUAUGUGCAUCGGAUUGGUCGUACUGGACGUGCCGGGAAUACUGGUAUUGCGACUGCUUUCCUCAACCGUGGCAACAAAGGUAUUGUCAGGGAACUUAUCGGACUUCUUACCGAGGCCAAUCAAGAAGUCCCAUCCUUCUUGAGUGCUAUCAACGGUGAGUCUGGGGGUGGUAUGUCAGGCGGGAGUCGUGGUCGUGGGGGUCGUGGUGGAAGCCAUCGCGCGAGGGGCGGCUCUUUUCGCGACGUUCGCUCUACGAAGGGUGGAGGCUUUGGAGGGGGAGGUGGCAAUUAUGGUGGCAAUUAUUCCUCCUAUGGAGGCGGUGCAUAUGGCGGUGGCGGCGGCGGUGGUGGCGGUGGCGGCUAUGGAGGAGGAGGAACCUGGUGGUAA